AUCGUGGCGUUCAAGGAGGGCGAGCAGAAGGAGAAGGAGGGCAUGCUGCGCCUCCGCCACGCCAACGCCCAGAAAUCCGCGCCGCCCCUGCCGGGCCCGGGGCCGCCGUCCUGCGUGUGCGGGCAGCCCGCGGGGCCGGCCAUGCUGCAGUGCCAGCUCUGCCGGGACUGGUUCCACGGCUCCUGCGUGGCCUGGCCCCGCCUGGGCAACCAGAAGCCCUCGCCGGCCUGGUGGGAGUGGGACGCCAAGUUCCUGUGCCCGCUGUGCCAGCGCUCGCGCCGGCCGCGCCUCGAGACCAUCCUGGCGCUGCUGGUGGCCCUGCAGAAGCUGCCGGUGAGGCUGCCCGAGGGCGAGGCCCUGCAGUGCCUGACCGAGCGGGCCAUCACCUGGCAGGACCGUGCCCGCCAGCUCCUGGCGUCGCCCGAGGUGGCCGGGCCCCUGGAGCGCCUGGCGGCGCUGCGGCACCGGCUGCACGGCGACGGCGACGGCGCCCUGCGCGAGGCCAGCCGCAACGAGCAGACCAAG